CACUCUGCCUUUGAGUGGAUACUGCUCGCAGGGCUCCUUUUUCAAAGAGGUGAAGAAAAAUUGCGUCCUUGCGUCUAAAGAGAAACGGGUCCUUCAAACAACCGCCUAGCUAAAAAAACUGCUUCAGUGACUAGCUUGAAGUUUAGGAAAAGACACCAGAUUCUAACGGCAUUUUUCUGAAGGUUAAUUGGAUUGAUGGGCAUGAGGAUUUUGUCACUGCCGGAAAGAAGAAACUUUACUUUUUUCAUCCUGUUUCAAGGUCUUUCUCGAGUCUAAAAUUAUGUUUCCAAGUGAAGACUGGAACUCAAGUGAGCUGCUUAACAGCUCCAUUGGAAACUCCUCGACGGAGGACACGGAGGACGAGGAGCAUCCCUUCCUGACGGACGCUUGGCUGGUGCCCCUUUUCUUCUCUCUCAUCAUGCUAGUGGGGCUGAUCGGAAACUCGCUGGUGAUCUAUGUCAUCUCCAAACACAGACAGAUGAGGACCGCCACUAACUUUUACAUUGCUAACUUGGCUGCCACCGACAUCAUUUUCCUGCUGUGCUGCGUGCCGUUCACUGCAACCCUUUAUCCUCUGCCUGGCUGGAUAUUUGGGGACUUCAUGUGCAAAUUUGUUGCUUUUCUCCAACAGGUGACCGUACAAGCGACGUGUAUCACUCUUACGGCGAUGAGCGGAGACCGUUGCUAUGUGACUGUGUACCCUCUGAAAUCCUUGCACCAUCGAACCCCUCGUGUCGCUAUGAUUGUUAGCGUCUGCAUCUGGAUCGGUUCGUUCAUCCUUUCCAUACCAAUCUUCCUGUACCAGAGGCUUGAGGACGGCUAUUGGUACGGACCAAGAAAAUACUGCAUGGAGAGGUUUCCAUCAAAGACCCACGAGAAAGCUUUCAUCCUCUAUCAGUUCAUAGCCGUAUAUCUACUGCCUGUCAUUACCAUCUCCUUCUGUUAUUCCUUCAUGCUGAAGAGAGUGGGACAAGCCUCCGUGGAACCUGUGGAUAACAACCAUCAGGUCCACCUGCUCUCAGAGAGAACGAUUUCCAUUAGGAGUAAGAUUUCCAAAAUGGUGGUGGUCAUUGUUGUUCUCUUCACCAUCUGCUGGGGUCCCAUUCAGAUCUUUGUCCUGUUCCAAUCUUUCUAUCCCAACUUCAAAGCCAACUACGCAACAUAUAAGAUCAAGACAUGGGCCAACUGCAUGUCCUAUGCCAACUCCUCCAUCAACCCUAUUGUCUACGGUUUUAUGGGCGCCAGCUUCCGCAAGUCCUUCAGGAAGACCUUUCCCUUCCUCUUCAGACACAAAGUGAGAGACAGCAGCGUCGCCUCCCGCACAGCCAAUGCAGAAAUAAAGUUCGUAGCCACGGAGGAGAGCAACACGGAGAGGAAAUGAGAGCAGAUGACACCUCAACCACGAAUCCGUGCCAACUGUCUAGUCGCCGAAGCGCAGACUUCCCUCGUAUAUAAGGGUUAUAUUCAGUUCGCUGAGUUGUGAAAAAAUGUUAAUGUGGUGCAAAAGGCCAUUUAGGAGGCAAAGAACUGCUGAAGUGCACAUAAAUAAUUACAGCUGGAGUUAAGUAGUAUUAUUUGAUACUGACAUCGAACAGCUCUCGUGAUUGGCCCUGCUGUGUUACGAGAGCGUGCGUUUUUAAAAGCUGUAUGGAAAGCUGAUUUUACAGGGCGUAAGUUCACGGACGGGGAACCGAACGGAUGUUCUGCCAAGCAGCGGAGAUGUGUAGGAGCUUGCCUGAGAGGAUGUUGACUAAAUCAAACAUGGCAACUGUUGACUCAUCUAUUGUGUUUGACAUACACACGACACCUCCCUGCGCACACUUCCUCGUGAAGAACCACUCCGAACUGCCCUUCGUCCGUUGCAUUUCUAUAUGACACGGCUCGACCUGAAGAGGUAUACUCACAAGGUAUAGACUCUCUGAAAGCACACCACUUCUCAAGAUUGAACGAAUGUUGAUCAAAGCACAGAAUACAUUAUGCCACACCUGACAGCAAGGCAAUUGAGAUUAUACUAGCAUAGACGCCGAGGGUUAACAAACACGCGUGAAUGGAACUGAAGAUGAUAAAGAAAAUGUCAUUGAUGCGAUAGAUGUGAGAUUUAUUUUAUUUAAAGAAACGGAUGCAGCGUAAUUCUUCAAUAACAAGGAGCUUUUCGAUGAGCAAUGUUAGCAAAUGUAUAGUAAGCACAAGCUGCUGCAAAAAUGUUGGCUGGGGGCACGACGGUGAGAAACGUCUAUCUAAAAAAUUAAAAUACAUUUAUUUCAUACUAAGUAUUGUUUAAAUCUAUUAUCAUAUAUACUGACAUAUUGCUCGACUUUAUUUGGCAAGUACAUUACAUAUUUCUUAAUAUUAAGCCUAAAAUGUAUUUUAAUGUCAAUUGAUGAGCACUGUGUGAUCUUUGAAUAAUAUCGGUGUUUAAAUGCAAGGUAUUCAAAGUGUACCUGAAGUGAUACUUGCAAUAGUCCCAUUUGAGCACAAUCAAGUAUAGUAUCUUUUAGUUGGACUUCAGCACUACUUUUGCACAAUUAAGUAGAAAAUAUGUUGUUCCAAUUCAGCAGACUUUAAGUCUGCCAGAUUAGUAUAGUAGAAGUACAAUUGCAGGGUAUUUUUAUUACAUAAAUAUAUAAAUUUCCUUGCAUUAUACUUGGUAUAAAUAAAUGUAUUUUUGAUUGAUUUCAGUGCAUUUAUUUUUCUCUAGAGUAGUAAAUUUUGACUUUUGACUAUAUUUUGAAGUGCACUGGAAUAACAUUUUCUGUGUGAACACUGAACAGCCACUUGAUAUGUUAACACUCAUGUGCAAGAUGCUGAAAAAGCAAAGCAAAGCUGAGAGGCAAUUUAAACAGAAAGCAUAUUUGUGUGUGUGUGUGUUGAAAUACAUUAAACACACAAGGUCUAGAGGCACAUUUUUUUUAAAUUUCACUUUUUAUUUUAGAUGAGAAAAAAAGUGAAAUAUGUACGAACAAGAUUACAAGUAAACAAAGGACUUUAGAAAAGUGAAAUGCAAAAAUGCUUUCUGUUUCAAUGGCCCCUAAAUUCUCAGUAUCUUAAAAAAAUAAAAAUCUAAAAGACUUUCAAAAA